CAUCACCCCCUUCUUCCCUCCAUUGGAUCUCUCCCGGGUGACGCCAGUCACCCCGCCCCGUUCAACUCCGUCCACUGCGUUCAUUUCAUUCCUGCUCCCAUUCCGCGCAUAUUUCGCAUCCUUGGAGAGACCCGGCGCAUUUUACGCACUCAGCGCGUCCGACCGAGCCUCCGUCAAGCCCCCAAACCGAGUGGAGGCUCCGCCACUCUCCGAGGGAGCUUCGAAUGCACCCCGUGUGCGCCAAAGUCUGGGAAUUUAGCCAUAAAGGGGCAAAUCGAUCGAGAAGGAAACCAGACGACCCGGAGAAAACCCAAACAGGCACGGGAGAGCGCAAACCUGGGUCUUCAGAACUGUGAGGCAGGCUUCCUUGCACCUGCCCCGGGAUUUUAAAUAAGUUUUCUCUUUUCUAUGGUUUUCCAACAAAUUUUGUGGAAUAUUUUGGAUCAUAAGCAAUUUGGGGCUAUCUGUGUGCACUGACCACAAACUGAACAUUAGCUGCCAGGAUGGAACGCAGCAGUUGGAGUGGCAGUGAGAGUCCCGGGGAUGACAUAGACAGACUGAGUGACUCUGGUGGGGACAAGACAAUGGACGGAGACCCUGAGGGGGUGUGGAGCCCUGACAUAGAGCAAAGCUUCCAAGAAGCCCUUGCCAUUUACCCACCAUGUGGAAGAAGGAAGAUUAUACUGUCUGAUGAAGGAAAGAUGUAUGGUCGAAAUGAGCUCAUAGCCAGAUACAUCAAACUGCGCACAGGAAAAACGCGCACAAGGAAACAGGUUUCCAGUCAUAUCCAGGUUUUAGCCAGAAGAAAAUCAAGGGAGUUCCAAUCCAAGAUUAAGGAUCAUAAUGCCAAGGAGAAAGCGCUGCAGAGCAUCUCGACUAUGUCCUCUUCUCAAAUCGUCUCAGCCACUGCCAUACACAACAAGCUGCUGCCGGGAAUAGUGCGGGCCAACUUUGCUGGUAACACACAGCUGUGGCAGGGGAUGAUCCCUGGAGGACAGUCCAGUUCUGCCUCUGAAGACAUCAAGCCGUUCUCGCAGCAAGCCUACUCAGUGCAGACAGCAGGGACCACCACAAUCACAGGUUAUGAGCGUCCUGCAGUGGAGUCACACAGAGAACCAGCGUGGCAGGGUCGCUCUAUUGGCACCACUAAACUAAGACUGGUGGAGUUCUCAUCAUUCCUCGAAACCCAAAGAGAGCAAGAAGCCUACAACAAGCACCUGUUUGUGCACAUCAAUCAGAGCAAUCCGAGCUACAGUGACCCCCUGCUGGAGUGUGUGGACAUCAGGCAGAUCUACGACAAGUUCCCAGAGAAGAAGGGGGGCCUUAAGGAGCUGUUUGCCAAGGGCCCUCAAAACGCUUUCUAUCUCAUCAAGUUUUGGGCGGACCUAAAUUACAAUGUACAAGAAGACCCAACGGCCUUCUAUGGGGUCACUAGUCAGUAUGAGAGCUCAGAGAACAUGACUAUAACCUGCUCCACCAAGGUCUGCUCGUUUGGCAAGCAGGUUGUCGAGAAGGUGGAGACGGAAUACGCCAGGUUCGAAAAUGGCCGUUUUGUCUACAGAAUAAGUCGCUCUCCAAUGUGUGAAUACAUGAUCAACUUCAUCCACAAGCUCAAACACCUACCAGAAAAAUAUAUGAUGAAUAGUGUACUGGAGAACUUCACGAUUUUGCUGGUUGUGAGCAACAGAGACACUCAGGAGACCUUGCUGUGCAUGGCCUGCGUUUUUGAGGUGUCAAACAAUGAGCACGGAGCACAGCACCACAUCUAUCGUCUUAUCAAGGAAUAAUACUCACUUCCCUUGGCACACACACAUAUGGCCUUUGAAUGGGAUGAGAAUUUGACAUUUGAAGUGAACUGUCGGAACAUUAAAUCCACACAGUGUCUUUAAUCCAGACAAAUUCACGUUGGGAAAGAAAAAUAGCUGCACCAUGACAACCAGUGUCAGACUAGUUUCAAUUCAUGCCAGAUGAGACCUGGGAGAGUUUUCUUUGGGUAUAGAUAAAAUAUCUGAUCUCACCAGAUGAUGUCAUGUUUCCUGAAGAGGUGUCUCCAUUUACUCCCACUUAUUUUCUCAUUUGUGUUGCUUGCAUACUUGAAAACAAAAAAUCAAAUAGUCCUCACUUCCUGAGACUGCGUGUAUGUUUAUCUGCGUAUACGCAAUGUAUGUGUUAAAAGUCAGACCCUGUGUAUCGUCAAUAAUCAUACAAGUUCAUGUUGAAGGAAAUAACACUACCACAUUGUCAUGAAGUAUAGUAGAAAGGCAGUUUUGUACAGAUAAAAAUGCUAAAUUGUGUGAGCAGCAGUCUUGCACAAAAAAUGGUUUGUCCCAAAGGAAAUAAUCACAUUUUUGUACAAUUUUGUAUGCUUUCUUCAAUAAAAAAAGAAUAACCUAUAUGU